GCCGGGUCCCAGUAGCCUGGGCUAGGGGCGUCGCCCCCACCGCCCCCGGACUCUGCCAAUCCAGGGGCACGCCAGGCGGACGUGCCAGGGGAGCCCCCGCCCCUCCUGCUGGUUAGCGUCACGCGUGACGUUACGCGUGAUGGGUUGGAGGGCGGGGGCGAUGCGCGAAGAGGAAGGCAGGUCUGAGAGCUGCAGAGGCCAGGAUCCCAGGAAAGCAAAAUGGGUGAAUUGCCCUUAGAUAUCAACAUCCAGGAACCUCGCUGGGACCAAAGCACUUUCAUGGGCAGAGCCCGGCACUUCUUCACUGUUACCGAUCCCCGAAAUCUGCUGCUUUCUGGGGCACAGCUGGAAGCUUCCCGGAACAUCGUGCAGAACUACAGGGCUGGCGUGGUGAGUCCAGGGCUCACCGAGGACCAGCUGUGGAGGGCCAAGUAUGUGUACGACUCUGCCUUCCAUCCGGACACAGGGGAGAAGGUGGUCCUGAUUGGCCGCAUGUCAGCCCAGGUGCCCAUGAACAUGACCAUCACUGGCUGCAUGCUCACCUUCUACAGGAAGACCCCAACCGUGGUGUUCUGGCAGUGGGUGAAUCAGUCCUUCAAUGCCGUCGUUAACUACUCCAACCGCAGUGGCGAUGCUCCCAUCACUGUGAGGCAGCUGGGAACAGCUUAUGUGAGUGCCACCACUGGGGCUGUGGCCACGGCCCUGGGCCUCAAAUCCCUCACUAAGCACCUGCCCCCGCUGGUCAGCAGAUUUGUGCCCUUUGCAGCUGUGGCAGCUGCCAACUGCAUAAACAUCCCUCUAAUGAGGCAGAGGGAGCUGCAGGUGGGCAUCCCAGUGACUGAUGAGGCGGGUCAGAGGCUUGGCCACUCGGUGGCUGCAGCUAAGCAGGGAAUCUUCCAGGUGGUGGUAUCAAGAAUCUGCAUGGCGAUUCCUGCCAUGGCCAUUCCCCCCGUGAUCAUGGACACUCUGGAGAAGAAAGACUUUCUGAAGCGCCGCCCCUGGCUGGGGGCACCCCUGCAGGUGGGGCUGGUGGGCUUCUGCCUGGUAUUUGCCACCCCCCUGUGCUGUGCCCUGUUUCCCCAGAGAAGCUCCAUAAAUGUGAGCAGGCUGGAGCCGGAGCUGAGAAGUCAGAUCCGUGAGCAGAACCCCAGCCUCGAAGUGGUUUACUACAACAAGGGGCUCUGAGGGAGGGGCAGGCCCUGGCCUCUCCCUCACUCCCUUGGGCUGCAGCUUUAGUGGAGCCUUGCCAUCCCUGCCACUUGCCUGUCUGCCUGGUACUGGGCAGGGGGCUUGGUGGGGGAGUGGCCGUUGAGACCAGCAUCCAUUCCAUUAGGCUGGGAGAGGUGCCCCUGUAAACUGUUUUCUCUCCUCUCUGAUUUCACAGAGCAGGGUGACAUAAUUCCUUUCUCCUGAGCUUGCGUCUCUACAUAUAUACGUGUGUGUGUGUGUGUGUGUGUGUGUGUGUGUACACGUGUAUACGCUGUGUUGGAAGCUAGGAGCAGACAUGCAGUCCUGGGAUGUCCUGAUGUCUGGCUUCCCCUCUCGGCCUCCUGCCACUUGCCAGCCAGCCAGGCUAGAGGACUUCCUUGCCUAAACAGUUCCACCAGCCAAGUCAUUUCUGACAGCAUCUAACCCCUUCUGGACACAGGGGGAGCCCCAGGAUCUCAGGACAGAGACUGAGGGACACUAGCAGACCAAACUGGGCUGAAUUCUUCCAAUUUAUGCUUCCUGGCUGCCAAAACUGACCCAGCAACUAGGCUGGCAGAGGAAGACAUGUCAGGAUAAGGGAGGCAGGGGGCUUAUGCCAUCCCCUACAUCCUGAACUAGAUCAUUUCCUCUCCUUUUCUCCACCAGAACAAAGGAGUGUCAGUAUCCUGUACUGCUCUUGCCAUCUUCCCAUCUUUCCCACACUGCAGCAUGAGUGUCUUUAGGCACAAUCCUAGGAGUUCUUGGUCCACUCUGAUAUCAUAACCUCAAAUCUAAACCUAUAAUCCCAACUCCCUCCCCCAACCAAAAGGCCACAAAGACAAAGCAAGCAUUCCCCGUUAAGAGCUCCCCUGGCACCCUCUUACAGAGGGACACAGCUGUGGGAACGGUGCUUAAACGCCACAGGUAUCUGAGUGGGUGUAACUAGGACACCCUCAGGGGAAACUAGGCCCUGAGUGUACAAUCUUAAGACAGGGACUUUUGUGUUCUAUUGACCGUUGUUAGACAUCCAGCUGACCUCCCACCUUAGCUCCUCUUUCUUGAGGCUUGGCCCUACUCCCACCCCCAUGCCGCUCCCAAGAGGAGGAAGGGCCCAGGCAUCAAAGGCUGGUCCAAAGAGGACGUGGGCUUGGGGAUGGAAUUUGUGGUGGCAAACUCACAGAGCGCAGAGUUGGACCUUGACUCCAACUCCCAUGACCUCUGGCUGAAGCAGUGGGUGGGGCGGAUGAAGGCCCCAGUGGGCGCCUUUAAGAACACUUUCCUGCUCCCCGACCCAUCCACCACCAGUGAUAAACGCUAUGAUGCCAUUGUUACUCAAUAAACUGAAAAACUGUCUACUUCA